GGUGGUGUGAGACUUUUCUACAACAGAAUGACAAAAUGCACAGAACUUCCCAUCACUGAACCAGGAGCCAUUAUCAAGAGGAUUCUAAGGGAAGGUGAGGUGAGGCCUCUCUCGUCCAAUGGUGGGAGUUUCUAGAGCUUUUGAGGAGUGGAGUCCUGAUUAAAAAUAAAAUCUUUAAAAAAGAAGCCAUCAUCGUUUACAGCAAGCAGCAACCAUGGUCCCAGGAGGAAGAGAGUGACCGCGCACAUCUCUCACAGUGCCAAAGCUGCUUGCCAUCACCAAAGAGAGGAACUAGAUGGGGCUUUGGGACAAACCAGUGAACUCUUGGCUCCUUCGUUUUGGCAGCCGAUUGGGGGCAGCCUGUCUUCCAUCAACAGACAAGUCGAGCCCAAAAUUCAGUGAAAACUGACCUAAGAAAAAGGACUGCACAGAGGAGAGACAGGAACCCGUUUCCAAUUACCUGUGGGUCUGAGGAGACAGGUUGGGCUGAGCCCAAAAGGAGGAGCUUAAACCUGUGCUGCGCAAAAUCUGGGAAUCCCUCAGAGCACGACUGAGAGCCAGGAUGAGCAGAAAGAGCUCUCAUUUCUGGUAAAGAGGCCCCGUGACCACUUCCAGCCACUCUUAGUCCCGCCCAGACUGGGAGCUCACAUAAAGGACCUAGGAGAGCCCAAGAGGUCACAGUGCUGGCUGUAAGGGGCUGGGAGCGCGAGGUCACCCAGACACCAUGAGUUGGUCCUUGCAGCCCCGGAGUUUCAUUCUUUGCUGCACACUUUUACUGUUCUCUCCAACGGGCCUGGCAUAUGUUGCUACCAGAGAUAACUGUUGCAUCCUAGAUGAGAGAUUCGGUAGUUUCUGCCCAACCACCUGUGGCAUCUCAGACUUCCUGACUUCUUACCAAACGGACGUGGACACUGACCUCCAGACUCUGGAAGACAUCUUACAGCGAGCUACAAACAGAACCACAGAAGCCAAAGAACUGAUCAAAGCAAUCCAAGUUUACUACAACCCGGACCAACCCCCAAAGCCAGGUAUGAUAGAGAGUGCCACUCAGAAGUCCAGGAAGAUGGUAGAAGAAAUUGUGAAAUACGAAGGGCUGUUAUUAAACCACGAGUCAAGUAUUCGGUUUUUACAGGAAAUCUAUAAUUCAAAUAACCAGAAGAUCACGAACCUGAAACAGAAGGUAGCCCAGCUUGAAUCUCAGUGCCAGGAGCCUUGCAAGGACUCUGUGCAAAUCCAUGACACAACUGGAAAAGAUUGUCAGGAAAUUGCCAACAAGGGUGCCAAAGAAAGUGGACUUUACUUCAUUCGGCCUUUGAAAGCUAAACAACAGUUCUUAGUGUACUGUGAAAUCGACGGAUCCGGAAAUGGUUGGACCGUAUUUCAGAAGAGGCUUGAUGGCAGUGUGGAUUUCAAGAAGAACUGGAUUCAGUAUAAAGAAGGAUUUGGACAUCUGUCGCCUACGGGCACCACAGAGUUUUGGCUGGGAAAUGAGAAGAUUCAUUUAAUAAGCAUGCAGUCCACCAUCCCAUAUGCACUGAGAAUCCAGCUCAAAGACUGGAAUGGCAGAACCAGCACUGCGGACUAUGCCAUGUUCAGGGUGGGUCCCGAGUCUGACAAAUACCGCCUGACCUAUGCCUACUUCAUUGGUGGAGAUGCCGGGGAUGCCUUCGAUGGCUACGAUUUCGGUGAUGACCCCAGUGACAAGUUUUUCACAUCCCACAAUGGCAUGCAGUUCAGCACCUGGGACAAUGACAACGAUAAGUUUGAAGGCAACUGUGCUGAACAGGAUGGAUCUGGCUGGUGGAUGAACAAAUGUCAUGCUGGCCACCUCAAUGGAAUUUAUUACCAAGGGGGCACUUACUCAAAGUCAUCGACAACCAAUGGCUAUGACAAUGGCAUUAUUUGGGCGACCUGGAAAAGUCGCUGGUAUUCCAUGAAGGAAACCACCAUGAAGAUCAUCCCCUUCAACAGACUCUCCAUCGGAGAAGGACAGCAGCAUCACACGGGGGGAUCCAAACAGGUCAGCGUGGAACAUGAAGUUGACAUUGAAUACUGAUCAAUCAUCUGCCUGGAAGCUUUAAAAAUAGACAUAAAGAAUUAGCUAUUAACUUCUAUUAGUCUGUACAAAGUUCCAAUAAUUUCCUCAAAUGUUCUUCUACAUCUUUAUAUUCUAUUUAUUAAUUUUUGUCUUUCUUAACAUGCCCUAGAUGGAAAUUAAAAUCUAUUUAAACCAUAUUUCUAAG